GGGACGGAGGAAUAGAGAGAUAGGGAGGGAUAGAGAGAGGGCAGUCAGAGGAAUUGUAGAGAGCAAGAAGGAAAAUGGGGAACAACAGGGAGAGACAGAGGAAAUGAGUGAGAAAGAAGAGGUAGAUAGAGGGACAGAAGAGAGAAGCAGCUGGAACAGUGUAGUAUACGCUAGUUAACUGGACACAGUGGACAGACCACACUGCACUAACCUCUAGCUCAUCUUCGUUCUGUUGUAAAGACUGGAUCUAUGAGACUGAACUGCUGUCUAGAACACCUGAGCAAAAGUCCAUUCAAUGUCUUGUGGAAGAAGUGAAGGUGAAAAUGGUUCGGUGGUUCCACAGGGAUAUCUCUGGCUUCGAUGCUGAGUCUGUUUUGAAGAGCCGGGGCGUCCAUGGCAGCUUCCUGGCCCGACCCAGCAGGAAGAACCAGGGAGACUUCUCUCUCUCUGUCAGGGUGGGUGAGCUGGUGACCCACAUCCGUAUCCAAAACACAGGGGACUUCUACGACCUGUAUGGAGGGGAGAAGUUUGCCACGCUGUCCGAGCUGGUGGAGCACUACACUGCAGAGAACGGGAUCCUGCAGGACAAAGACGGCACCAUCAUCGAGCUCAAAUACCCCUUCAACUGCUCUGACCCCACCACCGAGAGGUGGUAUCAUGGACACCUGUCAGGCCCCAACGCAGAGAAGUUGCUAUGGGAACGGGACGAGCCGGGCACCUUCCUGGUGCGGGAGUCUCUGUCCAAACCUGGAGACUUUGUUCUGUCUGUUCUGACUGAGGAGAAGAGCAAGGCAUCCAGCGGAGGGAGGAGGGUCUCACACAUCAAGAUCAUGUGCCAGGUGUGUGUGCCUGUGUGUGGGCACAUAAGUGUGUACGAGCAUAAUGACCGGUACACGGUGGGAGGCACAGAGAUGUUUGACACCCUGGCUGACCUGAUGGAGCACUACAAACGCAAAGGCAUCGAGGAGAUGUCUGGAACCUGGGUGCACCUCAAACAGCCCUACUUCUCCACCAGAGUGAAUGCAGCAGACAUUGACAGCAGAGUGAGGCUGCUGGACCAGAUGGCCGAGAGAGAGAACGAGGGAGACAAGAAGAGCAAAGCAGGAUUCUGGGAGGAGUUUGAUGCCCUUCAAAAGCAGGAGACAAAGGUGAAGAAGAGCAGAGAAGAAGGGAUGAGACCAGAAAACAAAAGCAAAAACCGAUAUAAGAACAUCCUUCCCUUUGAUGAGACCAGGGUCAUUCUGUCAUCUGGAGACCCCAAUAUCAUUGGCUCAGAUUACAUCAAUGGCAACUAUGUGACAAAUAAGCUGCAGGAGCCCAGUGACCAGAAGGUGUACAUCGCCUGUCAGGGCUGCCUUGCAACAACUGUCAACGAUUUCUGGCAGAUGGUGUGGCAGGAGAGGACAAGGGUCAUCGUCAUGACAACCAGGGAGGUCGAGAAGGGACGGAAUAAAUGUGUGCCAUACUGGCCAGAAAUGCAGGGCUCCAAAGAGGUGGGGCCGUAUGUGGUCACUUGGGUCUCUGAGAGAGAUGCCACUGACUACAAGAUCAGGGUUAUGGAGAUCUCCCCUCUGGAUCAGUCGGACUCAGUCCGUACUAUCUGGCACUACCAGUACCUGAGCUGGCCCGACCAUGGAGUUCCCGAGGAGCCAGGAGGGGUGCUCAGCUUCCUCACUCAGGUCAACACAAAACAGGCCGAGUUCGCCAACGCCGGGCCAAUGAUCAUCCACUGCAGUGCUGGAAUAGGCCGAACUGGCACCAUUGUGGUGAUCGACAUGAUCAUCGAGACCAUCGACACGAAAGGUCUGGACUGUGACAUAGACAUCCAGAAGAGCAUCCAGAUGGUGAGAGACCAGCGGUCAGGCAUGGUGCAGACUGAAGCCCAGUACAAGUUCAUCUACCUGGCCGUCUCUGAGUACAUAGAGGCCUCCAAGACCUACAACAAGGGAGCUGAGACAGAGUAUGGAAACUUGCAGUUCAAACACCAGCCUGCCAGCCGCAAGGUCUCCAAAAACAAGGAACGGGAAUUGUAUGAAAACCUAGCCAAAGGAAAGAAAGAUGUGAAGAAGCAGAAGUCAGAGGACAAGAAGAGUGGCUCCGUGAGAAAAAGAUAGAGGAUGAGAGAGCUGUAUCCUGAUGAUUUAAUAUUGAAUUUGAUAUUACAUUUUUAUUUUAAAAGAUUUAUCUUGGUGUUUUUUGAUAUCAAGUGAUAAAGUUGAUGUCUGUGAUAUAAUUGAGAUUAUAAAGCAAAGUACUGAUAGCCGUGAACCAUGGAACCAUUCUGCACCCAUGCAAAUGGUCAUGGAUUUAAAUGUUUGCUGACAAUAAAAGCUCAGAGUAAUAAGCA